UGUAGUUGUUUUUAAAAGUAAAGUCUGGCGUGGGGGUUCUUCUAGACAGACACAAAUACGCAGAGAAAGGAGCGCCCGCCCUGAGAGAAGUGAGAAGAAACGCAAGAUUAAAAGAGAGAACGAGACUUCUCUCGCUGUUUCUUCUUCUCAGAUCACCUUUUAGCUCCCGAUUCGUCUCUCUCUCAUUCUUCUCCGCCGUUAACCACAAGUAUACAGAGGCUGGAGCUGGGGAAGAAAAGGAUUGUCUAUGGAGGGAGACGGCGCAAAAGGUUUGGCAUGCCAGAAGACUUUGGAUGGGAAGGCGAGUAACGGGAAUAAGGCUGUUCCUUCUUGUUGCCUCAAGGCCAUGUCUUGCUUACCUGAGGAAGAUGCUAAAUGCCACUCCACUGUUGUUUCUGGAUGGUUCUCCGAGCACUCUCGCUCCGGGAAAAAAGGCGAAGCCGUCUAUUUCAACAACCCUAUGUGGCCAGGUGAAGCACACUCACUGAAAGUUGAGAAAGUUCUGUUCAAGGACAAGUCAGACUAUCAGGAAGUCCUAGUGUUUGAGUCAGCUACCUACGGGAAAGUGCUUGUUCUAGAUGGUAUUGUACAGCUGACUGAAAAAGAUGAAUUUGCAUAUCAGGAGAUGAUAGCCCAUCUUCCUUUAUGUUCCACACCUUCACCUAAAAAUGUUCUGGUUGUUGGUGGAGGUGAUGGUGGUGUUCUCAGGGAGAUAUCUCGCCAUAGCUCUGUUGAGGUUAUUGACAUCUGUGAGAUAGACAAGAUGGUUAUUGAUGUGUCUAAGAAGUUCUUUCCCGAGUUAGCGGUUGGAUUUGAAGAUCCUCGUGUUCAACUUCACAUUGGUGAUGCUGUUGAGUUCCUUCGCAAGUCCCCUGCAGGGAAGUACGAUGCCAUUAUUGUCGAUUCUUCAGAUCCUGUUGGUCCUGCUCUGGCGCUUGUUGAGAAGCCUUUCUUUGAAACUCUAGCUAGAGCGUUGAAGCCUGGAGGAGUUCUUUGCAACAUGGCGGAAAGUAUGUGGCUCCACACUCAUCUCAUUGAAGACAUGAUCUCCAUUUGCCGCCAGACAUUCAAAAACGUUCAGUACGCGUGGAGCAGCGUCCCAACUUAUCCAAGCGGCGUGAUUGGUUUUGUCUUGUGCUCUACCGAAGGACCUGAUGUUGAUUUCAAGAACCCUAUCAACCCUAUUGAGAAGCUAGACGGUGCCAUGACCUAUAUACGAGAAAUGAAGUUUUAUAACUCUGAUAUGCACAGAGCAGCUUUUGCAUUGCCUACAUUCCUCAGGAGAGAAGUGGCUUCACUUCUCGCUUCUUCUUCUUGACGUCUGUUUGACUUUUAACGGCUUUCCUAUAAAAACUCUAAAAAGACGAAUGAAUAAUGAGUGUCAUAGGAGGCUUUGUAUCUCUUACUAAGCUCACUCCUUUACAUUAAAAAACUUCUAUUUUCAUAUAUUAUCUUUCAUG